AUGACGGACCAGAAGUCCCAGAGGGUCCGGGAUCCGAUAAAUAAGCAGCAUGACAAUAAAUUGCUUAGCAGUGGGAUAAUAAAACAACGCAAGACUAAGCCAACCCGGGCCAAUCUUGAUGGUUCUCUAUUGAAGGCAUCAACAGCUGAAGACGACGAUAGGGCUGAGGUGACAAACCUAUCUUCAAUCCUUAUUGAUUCUGAAACUAUGGAUCUCUUAAAGAAUAAGUUAAACUUUUCCCUAUGUAACGAAGAAAAUGUUCUUCGUGAUAUUCUGGUGGAAGUUGUCAACAUAUCGGAUAAAUAUGCAGAAGAGACAAAGCGGGAUGGAAAUGGAAAUUAUCCCACGGAUCCUGGCACAACAAGAACCGAUACACAUGAGCAGAUUAACCGGUAUACGGAAAAAAUUUCAAAAGAAUGA